CCCCGGAGCCGGCCAGCUCUGUGCCCCACGGGUGAUUCAAGGGUUGCCCUUCCCUGCCCUGGGCUCGCCUCCCCCACCUCCUCCUCUGCUUCACUGUCCCGGGCCCAGCAGUUGCCGGCGCACUCAUGCUCCGAGGCCUGAGCCAACCGAAGGCGAGGCAAGCACGGGGCCCUGCGCGCAACGCGGCACCUAAGGAGGCCUGCCCGGUGCAGACUCUCCUGCUCCCACCGGCGCCCUUCCCUCUAGAAACGUCGAGCGAACUGGAGCUAGUGGCGCCCCCACCCAACGCCACCUCGGAGACUCGGGCUCCUUCUCUCUCAACUUCGAACAAUACAGAGUGUGCUACGAAAAGACAAGAUGGCGCCCAGCAAGAGGAGCGGAGAAAGGGGUGUAAAUCUUACUUCCAAACUGGAAGCGCCAACAAAGGCGUGGGAGGUCUAACUGCGCAGGCGUGCAGCUUCGGCAAGCUUCAGAAUUCCAACUGCCGGGCGCGUCCAAAACGUGGUCCCUGACUGAGACUUAUUUUACGCCACUAGAGCGGGGGUGGGUAGCGUCAGAAAGAGCGAGGAGCAGGGGACGGGCCAGCUUCGCCGCGGGAAAAGAACGGGAGGCGGAGUGUCCGCAGCGCGCACGCGCAACGAAAGUCAAUGGCGGUCUGGAGAGACUGGCGGAAGCUAGCUUUGCAAUAUGGCGGCCGAGGCAGAUGGACCGCUUAAACGGCUGCUCGUGCCGAUUCUUUUACCUGAGAAAUGCUACGACCAACUUUUCGUUCAGUGGGACUUGCUUCACGCUCUUGGGGUGAAGCCUUAUUCCUGAUGCUCCAGACGAUCACCAUCUGCUUCCUGGUCAUGCACUACAGAGGACAGACUGUGAAAGGUGUCGCUUUCCUCGCUUGCUACGGCCUGGUCCUGCUGGUGCUUCUCUCACCUCUGACGCCCUUGACUGUAGUCACCCUGCUCCAGGCCUCCAAUGUGCCUGCUGUGGUGGUGGGGAGGCUUCUCCAGGCAGCCACCAAUUACCACAAUGGGCACACAGGCCAGCUCUCAGCCAUCACAGUCUUCCUGCUGUUUGGGGGCUCCCUGGCCCGAAUCUUCACUUCCAUUCAGGAAACUGGAGAUCCCCUGAUGGCUGGGACCUUUGUGGUCUCCUCACUCUGCAACGGCCUCAUCGCCGCCCAGCUGCUCUUCUACUGGAAUGCAAGGCCUCCCCACAGGCAGAAAAAGGCGGAGUAGAGCCAGCUACUGGAGUCAUUCCGUUUCCACUCAUUCACCCAACCUCAGGGUUCUCCCCAUCUGAGCCAGCCUGCUGGUGUGACUUACUCAUCCUCCAUUCCUCUGCAUUUGCAGACUUUCUAAGCCAGGGUUGGCUGUAGUGGAAACAAAUGGUUGAUGGAUCCAGAUCCUUAAGAAAAGGAGAGGAUGGGGGUAGAGUCUCCUAAGCCAAAAUUUUGACAUUUGAGUGCUUUUCUAAGCCCUGUACAUGAACUAUUAACUCAGUCAUUCAGCCAAGCCUCCUCCUCUAGCAGCAGUUUCCAGCUGUUUAACACUAUCCUGGGUAAAUGUUUUACGCUGUCCUCCAGCCUCCCUGCUUCCCUUCUGGCCUUAGAAGAUGGAGCCUGGAAGGCAGAGUGGAGGGGACUGGGGGCCUGUGGCUGCCUCCCCGCCUCAGCCUGGCUGGGACUGUCUCCCAGACCCCAGUGCUGAGGUGGGGGAAGGGGGACGGAGAAUGACUCAGGCAGGGCCCCAGGGUGGGGUGAGGAGGUUCCUGCUCUGGCAGGUCUAGGCGGAAGGGAGUGGAGAUGGGGCUGGUUCCUGCUGCAGUGAGGGGAACAGAUGGGACAAUAAAGACUGGAGACUCAGUUGACUAAUACAAAACUGUGUUUAAUACUA